AUGGCUGAUGAUCUUCGCUUGGAAUUUCAGCGGGAGAUUCAAGCUACAUGCAUGGAUCUGAAUCAGAAAUUGGAUGUGUUAACUGAUUCGAUUAUGGCGAUGGACGCACGUUUGAAGGAGUUCAUCUUUCAUUCUCAACCUCAAUCGCAUUCAGUGGGUUCCAGUAAUCAUUCUUCGAUGACGAAUACGCAUUUCCAUCAGGAAGCCCCUGAUCAGCGGCUUUUGAAAUUGGUUAAGAUGGAAAUUCCAUCUUUCCAUGGGUCUGAUCCCAAUAAUUGGAUUUUUAAGGCAGAGCUCUACUUUAGCAUGCAACAGAUUCCUCCUCAUUUGAAGGUGCAGUUAGCAGGGUUGAAGAUGGAAGGACAAGCAGCUCCUUGGUUCCAAUGGAUGUUUCAUACAGGAACGAUCCAUCAGUGGGAGGAGUUCACAAAAGCAGUACGUCAGAUAUUUGGGGUCUCAGCAUUUGUGGACCUGAGAGGUUCACUUUCUAAACUCUCUCAAACAGGUUCUCUGUGUGAUUAUGUUAAGGAAUAUGAGAUUUUGUUGAAUCAAGUUCCUGGUUUUACUGAUGAUGUAUUGAUGAGUUUCUUUAUCUCGGGUUUGCAUCCUGAUUUAAGGGGUGCCAUUCAGUUACAAUGGCCAAAAUCCUUACAUAAUGCUAUGCAAUUAGCCUAUGCCUUAGAUACUCAUCACGAACAGUUACGUUCUUCACUGUCUAUUCCUUCCAAGAAACCAUCCUGGUCUACUAGCCACACCAGUAAUUCUGAUGCUUCUUCUUUCCAUAAAUCAGCCACUACCAGUACCAUGACACAACCAGUAAGUACUACGACACCCAGAACCAUGUCAACGUCUUCCUCAACCCUUCCCAUUAAGAGACUCCCUCCUGAAGAAAUUGCAAGGAAGAGGGAACUUGGUUUGUGUUACACUUGUGAUGAAAAAUGGACAGCUAGGCAUCGGUCUAAGUCACAAAUGCUUUUGUUAUUUGGAGAGAUGGAAGAAGAGACACCAGAAGCUGAGGAAGAAAUAGUCUGGACACCGAAUAAUCAAAAUGAAUCAGUUGAAGCCACCUUACAUGCUUUAUCUGGAUCUUUGAGUCCUCGAGCUUUAAUUCUGGAGGCACGAAUCUCUGAUCAUCUGGUGAGAGUAUUGGUAGACUCCGGCAGCUCCCACAAUUUUAUUAGCAGAGAAUUAGCCACUACAUUACAGAUGCCAAUUAUCCAAGCUCGUGGCAUGAAGGUGUUUAUGGGAAAUGACUCAGAUGUGAAGUUACAAGGUGUUGCUGAGUGUUCAAAUUCAGAUUCUAAAGUACAUACAUCUCAGGCUUCUUGCUGCACUCUGCUAGCUCAAGCAGAAUCAGAAGUUGGUGUCCAGGUAAUUCCUGAACUCAUGGCUCUCCAAUCUACUAUUGCUAAGGUUUUAUGGCAGGUUCUAAAAAAAUAUCAAUUGGUUUUUCAAACACCUCAUGCCUUGCCACCUUUUCGAGGGAUGGACCAUUCUAUUCACCUAGUGGAAGCUGCCAAACCGGUCAGUGUACGGCCUUAUAGAUUUCCACACCAUCAGAAAUCUGAGUUGGAGAAGCAAGUUUCGGAUCUUAUGACAGCAGGCAUGAUCCAAACCAGUAAAAGUUCCUUUUCUUCACCUGUGUUAUUACUAAAGAAACAAGAUGGCAAUUGGCGGAUGUGUAUUGAUUAUAGGGCAUUAAAUGCCAUCACUAUACCUGACCGUUUUCCCAUACCAACGAUAGAUGAACUUUUGGAUGAAUUGUUGGGAGCAACCAUUUUUAGUAAGCUGAACUUGAGAGCAGGAUAUCAUCAAAUACGUAUGCUUCCUCAAAACGUCAAUAAAACAACAUUUCGAACGCAUGAAGGACAUUAUGAGUUCCUAGUAAUGCCAUUUGGAUUAACAAAUGCUCCAUCCACUUUCCAAUCCGCUAUGAAUCAGAUUUUUCGUCCAUUUUUAAGGAGAUUUGUCAUAGUCUUCUUUGAUGACAUCCUUGUCUACAGUGCUACUAUUGAGGAGCAUGCCAUUCAUUUGGAUUCUGUUCUGGCUUGUUUGCAACAUCAUGCGUUCUUUGUUAAGCUUAGCAAAUGUGCCUUUGGACAAUCUGAAAUUUCUUAUUUGGGACACAUAGUUUGCGCUGAAGGUGUCAAGGCUGAUCCUCAAAAGGUAGCAGCUAUGCUUGAUUGGCCCCAACCUGUGAAUAUUAAGCAGCUACGAGCCUUUCUUGGAUUAAUCAGUUACUAUCGGAAAUUUGUCCACCAAUAUGCAAAUGUGGCUUGGCCUCUUACAGAGCUGUUGAAAUCUGAGAAAUUGUGUUGGUCUUCUGCAGCAUCAAAAGCUUUCGAUGAUCUUAAAACAGCAAUGAGCAUUACUCCUAUAUUGAGCUUACCUGAUUUUUCUGCUGUAUUCAUAGUGGAAACAGAUGCCUCCAACUAUGGUAUAGGGGCAGUUCUCAUACAACAUGGCAGACCCUUAUCGUUCUUCAGUAAGAAACUAGGCCCUUGA